GUGACGUUCUGCUACGAAAGUAAAAUGGCGACUUAAACAAUAUGACGCACUGGAUGUUAAAAACAACCCAAGAUUUUACGUUUUAAACUGUUAUUUCUUCUCUACGCUGGAAGAAGGUAGUUAUUGAAUACGUAUUUUGCCUUCACCUGAAAAGUAGUUAAAUAUUGAAUCUAUAGGUUUUGAAGGAAUAAGCUUCACUUGGUAAAGCGAAUCAACAUAUAGUUAAACGCGGUGCGUUUAAUUCUACUCUUAACAAUUUUCUUUUAUCCAAGUUUUUAACCUCAACGUUUGUGAUGGAUCAAGGGGCAAACAUGACUGAAGAAACUAAUACAAAUUCUGAGGGCAUCGUGGGCUUGGACGAGCCCAAGAAAAUGACCCGAGAAGACUGGAGAAAGAAGAAGGAACUCGAAGAGCAGAGAAAACUAGGAAACGCUCCUGCUGAAGUGGAUGAAGAGGGAAAGGAUAUAAACCCUCACAUCCCACAGUACAUUUCAUCAGUGCCAUGGUACAUUGAUCCAUCAAAAAGACCAACACUGAAACAUCAGAGGCCGCAGGCUGAGAAACAACAACAAUUUUCUACCAUUGGAGAGUGGUACAAGAGAGGUGUACAAGAGAAUUAUGUUGUCACCAAAUUCAGAAAAGGAGCAUGUGAAAACUGUGGUGCAAUGACUCACAAGAAAAAAGACUGUAUGGAGCGUCCAAGAAAAGUUGGUGCAAAGUUCACAGGAACAGACAUUGCUCCAGAUGAACACGGUCAAGUAAAUCUGGACUUGGAUUACGAUGGAAAACGAGAUCGCUGGAAUGGCUAUGAUCCUGAAGAGCACCAGCGUAUUGUUGAAGAAUAUGCCAAAGUUGAUCUGGCCAAAAGAACACUUAAAGCCCAUAAGCUCCAAGAUGAGCUUGCAUCAGGAAAACUUGAUCAAAAUGAACGUGAACAUGACAGUGAAGGGGAGGAUGAAGACAAAUAUGCAGAUGACAUUGAUAUGCCUGGUCAAAACUUUGACUCAAAGCGCAGAAUUACUGUCAGGAAUCUGCGUAUCAGAGAAGACACAGCUAAAUACUUGAGAAAUCUGGAUCCAAACUCUGCCUACUAUGAUCCUAAGACUCGAUCUAUGAGGGAAAAUCCUUACUCCAACACAGGCAUGAACCCAGACGAAGUUGGAUAUGCAGGCGACAACUUUGCCCGUUAUAGUGGCGACACAAUAACUAUGGCUCAAACACAGAUGUUUGCGUGGGAGGCCUAUGAGCGAGGCUCAGAGGUCCAUCUUCAGGCAGAUCCCACAAAACUGGAGCUGCUUCAUAAAUCUUUCAAAGUUAAAAAGGAAGCUUUCAAAGACCAGCAAAAGGAGAGCAUCCUGGACAAGUAUGGUGGCCAGGAGCACUUGGAUGCCCCACCCAGGGAACUACUUUUGGCCCAAACUGAAGAUUAUGUGGAGUAUUCCCGUCAUGGUGCUGUGCUGAAGGGACAAGAGAAGGCUGUUGCUCGCUCCAAGUAUGAGGAGGAUGUGCUCAUUAACAACCAUACUUGCAUUUGGGGUUCUUACUGGAAGGAUGGUUUCUGGGGAUACAAAUGUUGCCACUCUAUGGUCAAACAGAGCUACUGCACAGGAGAUGCUGGAAUUACAGUGAAUUCAGAUUGCACCCCAUUUGAAGAAGGUCUAACUGAGCCUCAGGAAGAGGAGCAGCCAAAGUCUCUCCUUGAGAUGCAUCGCGAUAAAAUGGAGAAGGAGAAAAAGAAGAAAAAGAAGAAGAAAAACAAGAAGCAUGCCUCUGACAGCAGUGACUCUGAGGAUGAAGAAAAGAAAAAGGAGAAACUAAAGAAGGCUCUUGAAGCAGAGGACAAGCGAGUGAAGCAUGUUGAGGCCAUAAUGCAGCUGGAUGAGAGGAAGAGACCGUACAACAGUCUGCUGGAGGUGAAGGCGCCCACAGAGGAGGAGAUGGAGGCCUUCCGAAUGAAACGCUGCCGACCAGAUGAUCCAAUGGCAUCUUUCCUUGGACAGUGACCUGUUUCUACAGAUACAUUCUAAAAGACUUUACUAGAACAUACACAAGGCUAUAAUGGUUUAAAAUGACCCAUUUUCAUCUGUGGAGUCUUAAGCUUGUACAUGCCUUCAGAUCACGUCACUGAAAUGUAAAUGAUGUUAAGUUUGUCUUAAUUUUAUCAGCUGAAAAGAAAAAUGUUUCUUUUUUGUGGGACUCACUCAUGCAACUACUGUGUUUCAUGUACAGUAUUUUUAAUAAAAUGCCCCAUAAAGCC